GCGGCAACGACUUUCAAGCCAAGGGAAUUGUCGUGGUUUUCGCCCGGGUGCCCUUCAGCGAACCUCUCUUGAAUGAUUGCAUCGCCUUCUACUCUUCCCUCGGAUGGAACUCUCUAGUUUGCCGCUCCAAAUAUCUCAACCCGUUGAGAGAUUUCGGAAAAGGGGAUUAAAUUCGCUGACUUUUCGCCGUUCAAUUAGCUGACCUUUCGGAAUAUGAGAUCGGGACAUGCGAAUUUUUCGGAAUAAGGGACUUUUCUUUUUUUCUUUUUUUUUCUCUUCUUUUUUCUUAUUAUUUCUCUCAUAACAUUUAUGAAUUGGCCAAAUUACCCACGUAAAAAUUGAAUUUCAAAUUCUGAAACGUUUCUACUGAUCACGUAUCUAUACUCCGUAAUUCUGAAGAAGGCCGACAAUCUAAGACUAAAAGGUACAGUAACUACCGUUCCCCCGUUUUUGCUACCGUUUUUCUAUAGAAUCUAUCUCUGCAUUCAGUUUUACUCACUUUUAGUCUAUAUUUUUUGUUCUUUUUUCUUUUGAGCAGAUUUACAUAUUUUUUCUGUGACCAGAUCCUAAAUAUAUGUUCUACUGCAUACUCUACAUGUUUUUAAAUGCUAACAAUAUUUGGUUCUUUUAAUUCCUGAAAUUGUUGGCCAAUGUCUUCUUUAUGUGACAGGCAGAGAAAGAGAGACAUUUUCCUUCCCUUAAUGCAGUUCUGCUUCUGUUUUCAAUCCUUCUUUAUAUGUUUGUUUGGAAAAAUGGAACAGGUAUUGACAUUCAGUUUUUCCUCUAGUUUCUUUCCGGAGAGAGCUACAUCACUUGCUUUUGCUGUCCUAGAUGAGCUUGUCAAGGAGCUCAAAGGUGGAUUAUGUCCUGUCGUACUUGCAGCUUUUGCUGGCGGUUCAAAAGCUUGCAUGUAUAAGCUUUUACAGAUUAUUGAAGGAUGUUCCGAAGUUGAACUCAAUAUGGAGGAUCGUAUGUUGGUUGCAAGCUGUAUCUCUGGACAGAUCUAUGAUUCUGACCCCAUCGAUUUUACGACCGACUUGGGUGCUCGAUUUGCGCUGCAUCGCUCCAUCCUCAAAAUUCCUGGUGCAGCUAAGCUAGCAUCAUUUUUAGCAAAAGGUGUUACUUCGAGCUUGGAUGCUUUAUUUCUCACGAGAUUCGGUUCCCAACAGGCUGAAUACUUGCAAACUCUUUAUUCUUCUGUGCGUUUGGGGGCCCCCUUUCUCAUUCUAUGCCCAGAAAAUGAAGACACGGUCCCUUUUUCAACCCUAUGUACCUUUGCAAAACAUUUACUGGAUGUGGGCGGUACCGUCAAAAUUAUAAAGAGAUCUACCUCUUCUCAUCUAGGUCUUCAUCAGCACCAAUCAACGCAGUGCAUAGCUAUAACCAAGUUGCUUGAGCAGGCUGUUUCAAUUUUCUCAGAAAAAAUUCAGAAACUUGGAGAAAAAUCAAACAUGGAAGAUAUGCAUGAUGUUAUCUCCCCCAUAAGAUAUAAUCUCCAGAAUUCAGCAGUUCUCUCAAAUACAAAUGACCACUUCCUCCUGCCAUGCUCAUCAGAAUAUGAAAAGAGCAGACAGCUAAAAGAGAGGUCAUCUCAUCGGUCAAGCCCUCGUAUGUGCACAAAUACUGUUCUUGGCCAAGUGCUGUUUGAUGCUUGUGUUCCAAAAAAUGUCGAAGGUUGGGAUAUAAAGUUCUCGGGCAGUUUGAAUGGAGAACCGUUUGCUUCUGUGCGGAGACGCUCCCCCUUUUGUGCAAUGAAGCAGAGAUCGAGAUUAUGAAGAACUCGACUACUGUACAUAGAUGUCACUGUAGUUCCUGCAGUGAUUUUUGUCUGUGCUAACAUUUUGUAAAUUAUUUCAUUCACUAUUGUAACUUGUAAUAAUCUUCAACCUUUAGUUGUGAUGAGAUAAAUAAUAAUUGACCUUGUAUUAUAAAAAAGUUGUCAGUUUAUUUAUUUUGAUAAA